UAAACAAAAUAGAUGGCCUUUUCAAAGUAAGUUUGUUUUGAUUCUUGUCUCCAGGCCAAGCCAGUCGAGUUAGCCAUAGGUUCAUCCCAGAAGUAUGGCUGUUCCUCAAGGAGCUCAGGAUGCUGUGCUUCAGGCAAGUCAACCCAUGCCAGAGGGUUCUGUGACGGUCGAAGGUUAUGACUUCAACAAAGGAGUAGAUUACCAUGCUCUGUUGCAGUCGUUCAAGCGAACAGGCUUCCAAGCCACUAACUUCGGCAAAGCUGUAGAAGAAGUGCAGAGGAUGCUGGAGAAACGAGCAGAACCUAUUGCGGAACCAGAGCCAGAUGCAGAUGAUGUUGCUGGUGAACUAGACGCAGCGGCGGAGGCAAUUCGAGCUGAGCACAAACCCAAGACGAACUGCACAGUGUUCCUAGGGUUUACGAGCAACAUGAUUUCAUCCGGUGUUCGAGAUACUCUACGCUACCUAGUACAGCACAAGCUUGUGGACGUAGUGGUAACUACAGCUGGCGGGAUAGAGGAAGACUUUAUACAGUGUCUUGCACCCACUUAUUUGGGUGACUUUCAUCUCAGGGGUGCAGAGCUUCGUGACAAGGGAAUUAAUCGCAUUGGAAACCUGCUUGUUCCCAAUUCUAAUUACUGCCUGUUUGAAGACUGGAUUAUGCCAAUUUUAGAUCAGAUGGUGGUGGAGCAGACAAGUAAUGGUACAUUAUGGACACCGUCGAAAGUAAUUGCACGCCUUGGAAAGGAAAUAAACAACCCAGACUCAGUGUACUACUGGGCAUGGAAGAACGACAUCCCUGUCUAUUCGCCAGCGUUGACAGAUGGCUCCAUUGGCGACAUGAUCUAUUUUCACUCGUUCAAGAAGCCCGGACUGGUGCUAGACAUCGUGCAGGACAUCCGCUCACUCAACAGCACGGCGGUGCACGCUAAGAAUACGGGUAUGGUCAUCCUCGGCGGCGGGCUCAUCAAGCAUCACAUCUGCAACGCCAACCUGAUGCGCAAUGGCGCCGACUUUGCCGUCUUCAUCAACACUGCUCAGGAGUUUGAUGGUUCUGACUCGGGCGCGCGUCCCGACGAGGCCGUGUCCUGGGGCAAGAUCAAGAAACUCGCGACGCCCGUGAAAGUGUACGGGGAAGCUAGCAUACUCUUCCCGCUGCUCGUAGCCGAGACCUUUGCCCGCGUUGAUGUCAGCAAACCGUCCAGUUAGUUAGUAGUAACCUGUGGCCAGUGGUAACAUGUAUCGUGUGUCUACCUGUCUUAUGCAGGCAUACUCAACGGACCUUCUCACACCUUAACUCGUGAAAAACGAACAGUCACUUUUCUCAAAAAAUUCUCCGCAAGUCAUGACAUACAUAUCCUCCAUCUCAUUGGUUGAAACGCUUAUGAAACCAACCCAUGAUACGUGUUAUUUGAUGUCAGUGUUCGUCCCAUGAUAAGUGUUAUUUUGAUGUCAGUGUUCGUGUUGUUCUUGUUGAUGUGUGUUCUCCUCAAUUGGGUUUAGAUAGUCAUGAAGCCCAGAACAAGAUGGUAUUUUUAAUAUGUACAUUUUGGUCCUUUUGAUUGUACAGUUUGAACUGAAAGUGCCUCGUAUCAUAUUAUUUCAAUGUGAUGUUGAAUUGGAUGUAUGGUUCUCCUUGAGGCCAGUGGUUUCCUUGA